AUGAAACCGGCUGAAAUGGAAAGCAUCAUUCAUAUGCUGAUUGGCCAGGCGGAGGAAGAGCUGGACGCUUUGACAAAACUCGAAAACGAUUACUACUUCAACCAAGAGAUGAAGAACGAAGUGUUGGAGAACAUGAGUUGUCGACCAAAGUACACCAACUACCUAGAUAUGAAGGAAGUCAUCAACAAAAGUACGUACGUGGCAUCAAAAAGAAUCAUGGCGAUUUACAGUCUAAAGAAGGAAACUGAAACGACCAUCCAGGAGCUCAGGAAACUACUCAAAACACUUCACAGAGAUGAUCAGCCAUAUAUGGAGUGA